UCACAGCAACAGCAAGUCAACAGCUUAUUCGCUUUCUCAAGACAAACAAACAAUCCCAUAAUCUCAAAAUGAACUUCUACAAGAUCUUCGUCUUCGUCGCCCUCAUCCUGGCCAUCAGCGUGGGACAAUCCGAAGCUGGUUGGCUCAAGAAACUAGGCAAAAGAAUCGAGCGCGUUGGGCAGCACACUCGAGAUGCCACCAUCCAAACCAUUGGCAUUGCGCAGCAAGCCGCCAAUGUGGCAGCCACCGCCCGAGGAUAAGAUCACGGUGUCCAUCAAAGGACUCUCCCAGGAUAACCUGCUUAAUUAUAAACACUUAUUUAUUUGCAAUCACAUAGAAAUAAACUAGCGUACAUCCCCUAA